ACAUUUAUCUGACUGAGCUAGCCUUCCCUGCUAGCCCACAACAGACAGACAGACGGACAGGGAGGAUGUUGCACAGCUCACACUACAGAGAGGAGAGACUGGCUGCUAAAGCACUGACUAACUGAGAAGUCCCAGGGACAUGCACACACAUACAUACACUCUAUCUAUCUCUCUCUCUCUCUCUCUCUCUCUCUCUCUCUCUCUCUCUCUCUCUCUCGCUCUCUCUCUCUCUCACACACACACAUACAUCCACAUACCCACAGACUCCUCUGACACACACACACCUACACACACAGCUUGUGUGUAAGUAAUCAGGAGCAGUGGGAUCACAGUAACUCUAAAGCUUCUAAGGAAGAGGAACGCCACUAACUGUUUCAUCUCUGGACGCUCAAUACUAAUCUCUGGCCUCCACAGAACCCCUGAAACAUCCGGAAACAGACGGAAGCAGACAAGACCAUGUCUGCUGUUGGAUGACAGUCUCCUCUGCCGGGAUCACACAGCCGACACACACAGUGAGGAUUACACUGAGACAGACUGACAGACAUCAACAUAAAGACUGGCCUCAUUCAUACAGAGAGACAGUGAGACAGACGGACAUCAACCUACAGCCUUGUGUCCUUACAACAGAGAGACAGACAACAACUCCAAACAGAGAGAGACAUCACACAAGUGCCUGGUCACUCUCUAACCCUCCUACCCUUCACCCACUCCACCUCCCACCAGCUGGCCUCAGUAGCCCAGCCAGGGGCUACAGGUCACAGGUCAGGGGGACCAGCCCAUCCAGGCUCCUAGUGAACAGCGCUAGGAGGGCACUGUCUGGCACUCUGUUCUGUUCUGUCUGCCGGAGCAGACAGCAGUAUUUCAGCAUGUUGUCCGUGGCGCCCCACAGCAGUGCAUUAUAAUGCCCAGAUGGAUGCCACUGCCAUGCAACCUGCCUAACUUGCUGUCGGCACUGUACCUUCACAUCAUCUUCCUGCUGGGCAGCGUGUGUGUGGCCUGCAGCAACUGCACACCCGAGCAGCUAGCCGCCAUCAUGAACUGCUCCAAGCACGAGCGCCAUGCACGGAACUACGACUACAUGGAAGGGGGAGAUGUACGCAUACGACAGCUGUUCAGCCGGACACAGUGGUUCCUUACCGUUGACGACUACGGCAACAUCAACGGGACACAAGACCCCACCAACUGUUACAGUAUCCUGGAGGUCCGUACGGUGUCCGAGGGAGGAGUGUUAGCUAUCAAAGGAGUGAAGAGUCAGUACUAUAUCUCCAUGAACAGGACUGGCCUGCUGCAAGGCAAGAAAAUCUACAAUGAGAACUGCAACUUCAAGGAGAUUUUCCUAGAAAACUACUUCAACGCUUACUCGUCUGUUAAGUCGAGUAGAGACGGCAAGGAGAUGUUCAUUGCUCUGUCUCAAAAGGGCAGACCGCUGAGAGGGAAAAAGACCAGGAGGGAACACAUCGCCUCCCACUUCAUUCCCAUGAAAUGCAGAGAGGAGGAGAGGACUGGCGUCUGAGAGAAGGAGACUGAAAAAGGAAGAGGUGACUGGAGCCUGAGAGGAAGAGAGGACUGAAAGAGGAGAGGAGGAGAGGACUGAAAGAGGAGAGGACUGAAAGAGGAGAGGAGAGGACUGAAAAAGGAGGAGAGGACUGAAAAAGGAGGAGAGGACUGAAAGAGGAGAGGAGAGGUCUGAAAGAGGAAAGGAGAGGUCUGAAAGAGGAGAGGAGAGGACUGAAAGAGGAGAGGACUGAAAGAGGAGAGGAGAGGACUGUAAGAGGAGGAGAGGACUGAAAGAGGAGAGGAGAGGUCUGAAAAAGGAGGAGAGGACUGAAAGAGGAGAGGAGAGGCCUGAAAGAGGAAAGGAGAGGUCUGAAAGAGGAGAGGAGAGGACUGAAAGAGGAGAGGACUGAAAGAGGAGAGGAGAGGUCUGAAAGAGUAGAGGACUGAAAGAAGAGAGGAGAGGACUGAAAGAGGAGAGGAGAGGUCUGAAAGAGGAAAGGAGAGGUCUGAAAGAGGAGAGGAGAGGACUGAAAGAGGAGAGAGGAGGUCUGAAAGAGGAGAGGACUGACAAAGGAGAGGAGAGUUCUGAAAGAGGAGAGGACUGAAAGAAGAGAGGAGAGGACUGACAAAGGAGAGGAGAGUUCUGAAAGUGGAGGAGAGGUCUGAAAGAGGAGAGGAGAGGACUGAAAGAGGAGAGGAGAGGACUGAAAGAAGAGAGGACUGAAAGAGGAGAGGAGACUGAAAGAGGAGAGGACUGAAAGAGGAGGAGAGGAGAAUAGAACUGAAAGAGGAGGAGAGCAGGAGAGGACUGAAAGAGGAGAGGAGAGGACUGAAAGAAGAGAGGACUGAAAGAGGAGAGGAGAAUAGGACUGAAAGAGGAGGAGAAGACUGAAAGAGGAGAGGAGAAUAGAACUGAAAGAGGAGGAGAGCAGGAGAGGAGAGAAAUGGGGCUUUAAAGGACGAGAAGGGAGGAUUGGCCUGAGAGCUGAGAGGACUGAGAGAGCAGAAAUGACAGAACAGAAAGGACUGAAGCUGUGACGUCUGGAUGAAGAGACCCAUGUUGGGAUUCUUGGACGUUGUGACGGCUGAGCUGCAGAUCUUUGUUGUAUAAUUUAAUAUAAUCUACCACUUCAGUCACGUCAUACUGGCUGUGAAACACAGAGAAAAUACAACUACUCAUCAUGAUCAACAACGCCACUCUCCUGGGCGGUACAAUGUAAAUAAGUUCUGUAGUUACUUAUCCUUUCAUGUGCCAAGGUUUUUAGUGUAAAACUGAUGCACGGUCCUCCUCAGUAGUGCAAAUGUUAAAGGUCCAAUGCAGCUGUUCUGAGUAACAAUUAAGUACCUUACUGUGAUUGAUUUCAAUAAAAAUUGUGAAAAAGAAACAACACUUGCUUCUUAGAAAAGAGCAAGUUUCUCAAGCAAGAAUUUAGCUAGGACAGUAUGUGAGUGGUCUGAGUGGGGAGGGGAAAACUGAAAACUAGCUGUUUGGCAGAGAGAUUUGAAACCCCUCUUUCUAAUUGGUGAUGUCAACAGGCAGGCCAAAACUCCAUCCCACCAAAACAGGCUGAAAUGUCAUGCAGUUUUCUCAAACAGCUCUUACACUAAAAGGGAAUUAUCAUCAUUUUCACAAUUUCACAGUAUUAUUCCAACCUCACUAUGUGGAAAUAUAUAUAAAACAACAGGUAGUGGUCAAUAAUACUAACAAUAUCCUUGAUUUGGAUGAAGUCAAGCACUCUGUUUCAGCAUACUGGUUGUUCUGGGAUAAAUGCAACAGGGAAAGGAAUAAGAAAAGGGAUGUUUGAGAACAUUUAUAAUAAAACUGUUCCUACUGACUGAAUUCUCCAGGCAAUAUCAAAAUGUAAUGUCAAACAAAGUAAGCUGAUCAGUCACUUACUUUACUCAAGAAAAGUAUUAUUAUUAAUAAUAGUUGUACUAUUAUACUAGUUUGACUUCCCUUAUUAUAAUGGCUAAUAGUGUAAUGAAUAAAGGAGAAGUAAUAAAAUACAGUUGGUAUUUACCUGGAAUUUGCAAAAACAAACAGCUGGUUAUAAUUUGUAUUAUUAUGAGUGGUUCGAGCCCUGAAUGCUGAUUGUCUGAGAAACGUGGUAUAUCACAGGUAUGACAAAACAUGUAUUUUUACUGCUCUAAUUCCAUUGGUUACCAGAUCAUAAUAGCAAUAAGGCACCUCAGGGGUUUAUGGUAUAUGGCCAAUAUACCACGGUGUUGCUUCAUGCAUAACAGCCCUUAGCCGUGGUCAUAUACCACACCCCCUCGGGACUUAUUGCUUCAUUAUAGACUACUUAAUCAAUCAAGAAAAUUGUAAACGAUGUGAUAUCAAAUGGCACCUAUUGUAGUUCUCCAUGUUUCAUUUCAUCCCAAACAUUCUAAGAGCUAGUAACUGAGUAAUGAUUAUAUGUUUCAAUGUUAUGUUUAAGAGCUAGUAACUGAGUAAUGAUAAUUUGUUUCCAUGUAAUGUUUAAGAGCUAGUAACUGAGUAAUAAUUAUAUGUUUCAAUGUUAUGUUUAAGAGCUAGUAACUGAGUAAUGAUAAUUUGUUUCCAUGUAAUGUAAGUAAAUUGCAGGUAGAAAGCAGACGGUAAAAUAAAGUGGAACUAAACGUAGUACAAUAAGCAAACAGUUCCAUAUACAUAUUAACAGGUAUGAACUGUCAGCAGAGAACAACUAAAGCAAAAACUCAGUUGGCUUGACGUUGGAUCAAUGUAAAGACAGACAGCAAGCUGGACUUGUCUUUUCACUGUACAAGUGUUCAAAGCAUACCAUAAAUAUAUAUAUAUAUAUAUAUAUAUACAUACACAAUAUAUUGAUAAAUAUAUAUGUACGAACUAAAAUACAUAUGUAAUUACAUGUGACAGCUGCUCAUUGACUCCCAAUUAAUUUACUAAGGUUUGAUAAUGACUGUGUACCAAAUGGCACUGUAUUUCCUACAUAUAUAAAAUAAUGUACUUUGUGGGAUAAAUAAAGUAUUUUUAAUGUAAUAAAAAGUAGUGCACUAUUUAGGGAAUAGGGUGCCAUGUGGGACGCAGAUUUAACAAUGCAAGAGUGUAACGCUGAUGAUGCUGAUGAAGUUAGCAAUGAUAUCUGGAUUAAAGUACAGAGAGACCAGAACACACAGCGUGUUAAAUGUGUAUGUAUUACUGUAUGCCUUGAUCUUCCUCCACUAUAAUGAAUGAUUAUAUCAAUUGUUAGCGUUGAUCUCUGUUAUGCACCUGACGUGUUAAAUGGUAUUUUUUAAAACUUUGACAUGAGGAUUGUAUCCCAACUAGCACCCUAUUCUAUAUAUGGUGCACUACUUUUGACUGGAGCCCUAUGGACCCUGGUUAAAAGUAGUGCACUACUCAGACAAUAGGGUGCCAUUUGGGACGUAUACAGGCUUUUUUUUUCUGUUGAGACAUUCCAUGUUCUGCCAGAUACCAUAAUGCUUUACUACGGUAUUGUUGGUCUCACUAAGGAACUGAAGUUAACUGCAGCAACAUACCAGAGGCUUCCUUUAACCACUUCAUUCCUUUAAUCUCUUCUGUUUUGGGAUGUUCCUGAAGCACAUCACAUAUACCGUAUUCGUCAUCUCACGACCUACAGAAAGACCUUUUAAAUAACGUUUUAACAACCUUUUAAAGACGUUCACUCUGUCUGCACAGUUACAACUAAACUGCAAAAUCUCCAUACUGGCCUAUAACUUUUGUGUUAUUAUCCAUUGUUGUAAGUUAUUAUUUGUGUUAUUUAUAUAAAAACCAAAGAUGAGUUAUUA